UCCGGGGAGAAGAUACGCAUGCGCACGCGCUGGCGGAGCGGUGGCCCACAGCGGAUGGAGGUCCCGUUCGCUGACUGAGGACUUAGGUUGCUGAGGUGUCGAGGCGGGCGUGCUGGCGCUCAGCCUCUGGGGCUUCAACUCCCCCGCACUUCUUUUGCUUGCAUUUGUCUCGGGUACUAUUUUCGGUUUCCACGCGCCGCGGCCCGCCCUUUGCCACCGCCAUCUUGGAGGCACCGAGGUACAAAGAACAGUGGUCGUCAUAUAAUAAGAAAAUAAGGCGGAAGACAAAGAAGAUGCUUUUGAUUUUAGAUUUGGCAUCUAAACAGAAACUCCAUUGUUAGUAUGCAGAAGGGAAGAGGGAGAACAAGCCGGAUCAGAAGGCGAAAACUCUUCAGAAGUUCUGAAUCAAGAGGAGUGAACGAGAGCCACAAGCCUGAAUUUAUAGAGCUUAAGAGGUGGCUGAAAGAUAGGAAGUUUGAAGAUACAAACUUAACACCUGCUCGUUUUCCAGGUACAGGAAGAGGGCUGAUGAGCAAAACAUCCCUGGAGGUGGGACAGAUGAUCAUUUCUUUGCCUGAGAGUUGCCUGCUCACCACGGACACGGUGAUUAGAAGCUACUUAGGGGCCUACAUUACUAAGUGGAAGCCUCCUCUGUCCCCUUUGCUCGCUCUGUGCACCUUUUUAGUCUCAGAAAAGCAUGCUGGGGACCAGUCCCUCUGGAAGCCUUACCUGGAGAUUCUACCAAAGGCCUACACCUGCCCCGUGUAUUUGGAACCGAAGGUGGUGAAACUUCUUCCUGAACCUUUAAGAGCAAAGGCCCAAGAGCAGAGAACCCAUGUGCAGGAGUUCUUUACUUCCUCUAGGGACUUUUUCUCUUCCCUGCAGCCUCUCUUUUCCGAGGCCGUGGAAAGCAUCUUUAGCUACAGUGCCUUGCUGUGGGCAUGGUGCACCGUGAACACCAGAGCUGUGUACAUGAGGCCCAGACGGCGGGAAGGCUUUUCCACAGAGCCAGAUACCUAUGCGCUUGCUCCAUUCCUGGAUCUGCUGAACCACAGCCCACGUGUCCAGGUAAAAGCGGCAUUUAAUGAAGAAACUCGCUGUUAUGAAAUCAGAACAGCUUCAAGAUGUAGAAAACAUGAAGAGGUAUUUAUUUGCUAUGGCCCUCACGAUAACCAGCGGCUGCUCUUGGAAUAUGGAUUUGUGUCCGUCUGCAAUCCUCAUGCUUGUGUUUAUGUCUCAAGAGAUACACUUGUUAAAUAUCUUCCCUCAACAGAUAAGCAGAUGAACAAAAAGAUUUCCAUUUUAAAGGAUCAUGGCUUUAUAGAAAAUUUGACAUUUGGAUGGGAUGGACCAUCUUGGAGGUUGCUCACAGCUCUUAAGUUGUUAUGUCUGGAAGCUGAAGAAUUCACAUGCUGGAAAAAAGUACUUCUUGGUGAAGUAAUUUCGGAUACAAAUGAGAAGACAAGUUUGGAAAUAAGCCAGAAAAUAUGCUGUUAUUUCAUAGAAGAGACUAAUGCUAUGCUUCAAAAGGUUUCUCAUAUGAAGGAUGAAGAAGCAGCUUUGAUAAACCAACUAACUUUGGUAGAAACUUUGUGGGCAGAAGAGCUAAAGAUUCUACAAGUAUCUGCUGAGAUUCUAAACAAUUUGCGAACAGCUUUUGCCUAACUUGACCAAAGUGCGUUUGAUCACCUCCUGUGGUGGGUGUGACUUCUGAAGUAAACUAGACAUUUUUUCACUAAGGUUUGAGGUAUUAAAUGUAUUUUAUCAUUUACGAUUGAUCAUUGGUUUCUGUUAAACAAUUAUAUAUGUAACCCUCUUCCAUUUGCUACGAAUACUUCCUGGAGUGGAGUGAUGGCUGAUCCAAGGACACUGAAGGGUAUCUUUGGGGGCAGAGCAGGUUCUGGGAUUCUGGAGCCCCCAGGGAAGAUGGGUGGGCUGUUCUGAAGUUCGUUCAUCUCACACUCUAUAAAACUAACCCUGGCCUGAAGGAAGUACGAGGAAAGUGCAAAACUGUAAGGAGAGAGGCAGCCUAUGAGGGAGCAGGGGUCAGCCCAGGGACUCCGUGUGGUCGGCCACUGGGUUUCCUGCUUCUUAUUGAUGUGGGCAAGGAUUUGUGGUUCUAAGAUGCUCUGAGACCCUCAGGUUAAGGGGCAGGUUAGCAGUGGGGGCUUGGUGUGGGGUUGUGUGUGUGUAUGGGGGUGCCCCAGCAGUUCUGGGCCCCGGCCUGGCCUCGCCCUCAGCCAUCCUCUGAGCCAGAGCCUCACCCCUGUCUGGGAAGCAGGGGCCUAUAAUCUGGGGCACUGUCCAGCUCCGGCUACUCAUGAUUUUAAAUGGGAAGUGAAUUUGCCACUGUUAAAUACUGGAGAAAUGUGAAGUUUGUUUCUCUGUUCUCCCUCACUUGAGGUUUUCCAGAAAUUCUUGUCAGCUGAUGGUCCCCUUCCAUUCUCUUAGUGAUGGGUGUUUAAUGCUUUUAUCUGCUGCUUUUCUAUCAUUUAAAUGGGGCUACUGGGAGGGAGAGGAGGUAGUUUUUUUUUGUGUUCAGUUAGCCAUUUGGAAUAAAGAGUUUUUGCUUUCCUUUUUAAAUUUUUUAAAUGACAGAUGCAUUUUAGGCUGUAGGCUUUCCUCUGAAUAUGACUUUUCUAUACAGUGUGCCCUGUUCAACAGCUUUUUAGAUUUAAACUGACUUUGGCUUUAUACUUUUCACAGCCUUUUUAGGCUGUUGAGGGAGGUAGAGCAGAUGUAGUUUUUCUCAACAUGCUGCUGACUUUACUGAGGCCACACACUUAUUGAUAGAGCCAGGGCCAGAGAGGUAAAAACCUUUACUUGUUCCAAUCACAGAAGCAGAUUGUGCCGAUUAUAAAACUUGACGGUUAUUGAAACAUAUGACAGUACCAUUCAUUAAAUAUCGUUUUGAUUAUGUGUGAAGCACUCUGCUAAGGCCUGUAUGUCCAGUCAUUCACCCUCCACAAUCAUGCCAUUUUACAAACAGAGGUUAAGAGAGCUGCCUAUGAUUACACAUGUAGGAUGUGGUGGAGUGAAAAUACCCUCAGCAGGAGCCACUGUUCACAGCUCUGGUGUAUGUGUGUCCAGAAUUCGCCAUGCCGGUCCUGAUGUCAGCUCUUCCUUCUGUCUGCACUCUGGGUCCAGGACUGUCAGCUCCAUUUGCAGCAGGCAUCAGCCCUGGGCAAAGGGCAGAACUUCUUCACGUUCUUCCCCACGGAAGUAUCGGAGCGAGCUUUGUAGAUGGUACUGAAGGUUUUGUUGGGGAGACAGGUGCAGAAGGGGUCUCCAUUGCUCUCCCUGCCAGACAGUGUCCAAGUCUUGAUGAAAACUGUAGCGUGAGCCUGCCGGGAAGCAGCCUUUCUUCUCUGUCUCGCAGCAGGGCGAGGACAUCAGGUGGCACUCACUGCGGUCUCCUCCCUUAGGGAGGCGGGAGGUGGGUGCCGGCAUGCUUCUCCUGGUCCUGGGGGGGCCUUAUGUGAGAAGGGAGGGUCUUGGUGUUCUGCUCUGUAGACACAGCAUCUCCUUGGCCCACCUGUUCUUCCCUGGAUGGACCCACUGAGGUGGGUGCUGGAGGAGCCUUCGAGGGGGAAACCUGGGGUUUCCAGGAGGAGGGUUUUUCCCCUAAGCAUGCGCAUGACCCCUCACAUCCCUAAGGAGGAACUUGCCCAAUUGUUACUUUGGGAAGAACGACCGGCUCAGCUCCACCAUCCUUUCAGCCUGAUUCCUGGAGUGUUUCCUGGGCAGACCUUGCCCCUUGGUGAGCCUGUCCCCAUCCAGCACAGCGGUGCCCUGUGGGUGGGGGUGUCUGUCGAAUUCUGGGUUCAGUUGAGGUGAACUGACCUAAAGCCAUGUUGAUAUUUUGACUUACAUCUUUACUCUGUUUUAUUUCUGACCCUAUCAGAACUAAGGUGUGUGUAUGGGGGGAAAGUCAUCCCAUAACUCAGAAGAGUCAUUGACUUCAGGGGACCCCAGGAUAUGUAACAAUGAUGGGGUGGAGCCUUGGAGAGGGGUUGAAUGACACUGUCAGAGAUUAGGGAUGGGGCCUGCCCAUCCCACUGUAGACUGUGAGGGGAAACCCAGUGAGAUUGUGCUGGUUUGGAGCUGUUAUGUACCCCAGAAAAGGCCAUGUUCUUUUAAUCCAUUCCUGUGAGUGCAGACCUAUUAUCUUUUUAUUAGGUUGUUCAACUGAGAUGUGACCCAGCCCAUUCAAGGUGGGUCUUAAUCCUUUGCUGGGGUCCUUCAUGAGAAGAUGAAAGUCAGAGACAUUUGGAGAGAACAUAGAGAGAGAAAUGCCCUGGAGAUGCUAAGAGAGAAUACACAGAUGGUCAGAGAGAAAUCCACAGGAAUUAGAAGCUGAAAGCAAUGAAACCUGUGAGCGAAGAACCAGCAGAUGCCAGCCGUGUGCCUUGCUAUCUGGCAGGGGAUCCCGGGACUGAAGUACUGGUAGACGCUGGCUGUGCACCUUGCUGUCUGGUGGAGGAACCCUGAGUGCCAGCAGCCUUUCUUCAGAGAAGGUAUCAUCCUGUUGAUGCUUUAAUUGGGACAUUUUCAUGGCCUUAGAAUUGUAACUUGUAACUUAAUAAAACCCCGUUGUUAAAAGCCAA